GGAGAUUAACUCAUGACUGGACGCUAUCAAUGAAGCAUUUCAAAAGAACUGGAGCAGGUCUGCUGAACUGUUCACAGCUCCCGACGCGGGGAUAUCACACGCAUCAAUUUUCCGACAAACUCAGGAAAUGUCCAUUACAGCACGCUACCUUUCACAAUAUCAUAUAAAUAGGUUGGCGUGCGGAAAUUUAAGAGAAGCCAGUGCUGUCCCUUCAAGAAUUGCCGAGGAGGUGUCCGUCGACCACCGUACCAGAAUGAUGACGCCCAAACCUCUCCCGUUUCUCCCUCCACUCUUGCACCAAACUUCGUUCGGUGCCACUCCUACGAUGACCUGCAUUAGUCCUGCACGGUCGCAGAUUCACCAUCAGAGGAGAUGGAAGCAGACGGCGACCCUGGCGAGCCCAAUGCCCUUCAAUAGGGAGGCAGUGUACAGAUUCUGUACAUGCAUCAUAUCAGGAUAUCAGAGAGCCUCGACGGGCACAAGAGACUUCAGGCUCGCAUCUCAAAUGCCUCUUCCCCGCACUCCCGCCCUCGCCCCCUUCGAUUGGCCACGGCUGGCACGCCCGGCACGCCCCUCCUCAUUCUCCACACCGUGAUGCGAUCAGCUGUGGCUUGAUCUGGGUCAGGCUGACCCCUUCAUCCUAUUCGCUGCUUUUUGCCAGAUCGAAGCUCUUACCUCAGCCCGGGGUGGUUUUCGUUUCCUUGCUGUGGUACCUCAAUGAUUAGCUCAUCCGAGCCUCCUCUUCUGGACGUCGUUCCUUCCCCAACCUUCAUUUUCCUGUCGCAACCCAUCAAUACUGAG